AGUUAUUGAUAAAUAAAAGUAAAAAAGUAAACUUCUUAGAAUUUGUUGAAAUUUUUAAGUAAAGCCAAUACGAGAUAAAUAGUUCAUGUUUAUCUAUGUCAGAUUUAGAAUUAGUUACAAUUUACUGUGACUAUGAAACCAUGAAAUCGUCUGCACACGAUAACGUGUCAACAUUUAUAUGAAUUAUAUUUCAACCAGUUUCAAACCAUGAUUAAGUGUUUUAUAAUAAUAAAAAAGUGCAUUAUAUGUGGAUACUGCUAUAUGUUAAUAUGACAGAAGAGAACAUAGAAGCAAAAUGGUGAGUAUACGUCCAUACACACAUGAAGAUAUCAGUGCAUUGAUGGAACUCACAGAAUUGGAAGAUUGGGGUUUUUCUGAAAUUGACUGUAGGGCAACUCUAAUGGUUGACCCUGAGGGAUUGCUUGUUGCUCAGGAUGCAGUCGGAAAACCUGUUGGGUUCAUUGGUUGUUUCAACAUGGCACCCGACAUAGUGUACGUGAAUUUGUUCAUUGUACAAACAAAUAUGAGAGGUAAAGGAAUCGGGAGGAAAUUGUGGAAUGCGAUGUUAGAUACUGCUGGUCAUAAAAUUGUAGUGCUCGAUAGUAUUUCAGAAAUGAAAGAAUGGUAUAAAAAACAGGGAUUAGUCUUCGAGGAAUUUACUGUUAAAUGCUACGAAGGAAAGAUAACCAAUGUUGAAACUAACAUUUAUGUAGAUUCGUCAUACAUCUGUGUGCCUUUGACAAAAAAACACCUGCCGGCUUUACUUGCAUAUGAUCAGAAAAUAUAUCCUUACUCGAGAGAGAAGGUGUUGCGGGCAUGGUAUUUCGGAUCUGAUAAAUACAGCUUUAUUGCAUUGUAUAACAAAACUAUAGUCGGUUAUGCAAGUUGUCAUAUGAAAUCUGAAAAUGUAUGUUUCAUACGAGCGUUAUACGCAGAUAAUGACAUUAUAGCAGAUAAGUUACUGGUAAAACUGUUGUCUCACGUCCCUAAAGCAACCAUGCUUUCAUUUGUAAUCUUGGACGACAAACCAUUACCGAAAUAUUUUGCAGACUUUGUCAACACCGGGACAGAAGUGAGACUUCUUACAAAAGAAAUGCCUGGUAUUCAAACCGACAAGAUGAUAAUGAAUACAGCUCAUACAAUUUGACGAUAAACUUGAUU